CGAGUGAGAAGUAUAACUUACGUUUCUUUGGUUGGAUUCGGAUAAGAGAUCAGCAUAACAAGAUGGCCGCUGCCGUUAGGAAUCGUGCCACCAUAAUGUGGCGCUUAGGCUGGAACGUGGUUUCUCAGCCUCGACCAGUUGUCCCAAAAGAUUCGGGGAACAUUGCGGCACUGUGUCGGGUGUUCUCUGGCAGUCUGAAGGUAUCACAGUGUCGGUCAUUUAGCGCCAGCCCUCUCAUCUCAAACAGAAUCCUAAAGAUGAACACAGAACCCACGAUUAAGAGUCAGAAUACACGAUGUCUACUACAGCCAUCAAGUCCAACUUUAGUUGCAAAAAGAAACAAAGUAUAUUACAGCAAGAGAAAAGGCAAACCCAAGGCGAUCAAGGCAGUUACAAAUAGGUUUUAUAGAUUAGACUGGGGUAUCUGGAUCCGAACACAGUCAGGAAGACAUAAGAGAAUAUGGAAAAAGUCCCCAUCGAGGAGAUAUCUUUCUCGACAACAUUUGUUUUGCAACAAACAACAGAGUAGACUUUUAGACAAAAUGACCACUGAUUACUGGCACAGACCACGACAUUAUGUGGAUGAUCCAUAUGCACCCUAUCAGAAGAGGACCAAUUUGCAAAAGUACUUCCCUGAAAAACGUCCUUUCUAUCCAUAGGCAGGAAACAAUGAAGAAUCAUAAAAUUAGGGUGUGCUAUGAGUCUUACAACAAACACAGAAAAGUGAUAUUUAAUUUAGAUGUUGUACCAGAUGUUUUCUUGUGAUUAAAGACUGAAUAUCUA